AUGCGUCGUCUCGUCGCACUAUUCGUGGUGCACCUCCUUUUUGUUUCGGUGCUCGGAGGAGCUGAAGAACUGGAAAACGAAGAUUUUCCCCUUCUCUCCUCUGAACAAGUACAACCAGAAGUUCGUGAAUUCUCGACGUCUCCUGAAGACUCCUCCCUCCCCGGUACCGUAUUCCAAGUUGUUCCGUUUGAAGAUGCACGCGUUCGUCAAGCACGUGCAUCUUCUGAAGAGAAGGAAAUUACUUCGAAUAGUGUGAUGAUUCCGGUGGAAAUGGUUGAAGUGAUCGAUGAUGGAAAUCUAUUUGAAGAUGAUGGAAAGUGGCGUCGUCGAAAGCUUGAAAAAGAGCAAAAUCAAAUGCGAAAAGGUGUCGAAGGAUCUGGAACUCCAGACGAAAUCAAAAAGUCUCCAGAAUCCAAUGAAAUCCAACAAAUCGCCGAACUCCCACCGACUCCAGCCCCUCCACCACCGUAUCCAACGCCUCAAAUGGCUGUUCAAGAUUUAUUCCUAUCAGAUGACUCACUUGUUGUUCCUUUUAUUGGGGGUUACGGUAGCCCUGCAGCUAGAGAUCUUCGAUCUUAUGAACAACACGCCGCCACGACGCCAUUCCAAGGUGUUUCAGAAUCAGGAGGUCAUUGUACUAAAGUAUGUCAAGGAGCGCCAGGACCACAGGGACCAGCAGGAAAAGAUGGAAUUCCCGGAUCACAUGGACAUCAAGGAGAACGUGGAGCUGAUGGACAACCCGGAAUGCAUGGAUCACGUGGAGAGCAGGGACCACCGGGACCUCCUGGAAUGCCGGGUCUUGCUGGGCCUCCAGGACCACCUGGAUCAGGAUCUGGAGGUGUUGGAUCGGGAGCCACUGGACCACAGGGACCACCAGGACUUCCUGGAGCACCUGGAAGAGAUGGAGCAGAUGGAGCUGAGGGACAACGGGGACCACAAGGACCACCGGGACCGAAAGGAGAUGAAGGACCGGGCGCAGGGGGGAGAAUGUCUGACGAAGAUAUUGACAGAUGUGCACAAAGAUUAAAGGAAACGAUGCAGCUAGAUAUAGAACCAAUGAGAGGAGAUCUUCCCGAAUACAAUCCAAGAAUCCAUUCUCAUACUACAAAAGGAGAAAAAGGAGAACGAGGACCGCCUGGUGCUCCGGGAGCUCCCGCUUCUGCUGGUGGCUUCGGAGGAACCAAUGUUCACGCUACAACCGUCGAAUUGUUCGCUUCCGCCCGUGCCACAUCCAUCGGACAAAUGGCGUUUGCCACGUCAUCUCAACAACUUUUCAUUCGAGUCAACAAUGGAUGGAAAGAAGUUCUUCUGGGAGGACAUAUUCAUCCAUCUCUGGAAACAAAACAAUCCACGCAAAACUCGCGACAAAACGACGCAGCUCAACCGGAAAGACAAGUGGCGGCUCCAUGGCGUCCAAGAGUGAAUUUGGAGGAACCACAGAGAGAUUCUGGAUCAAAUAACAAGGAUCGAGUGAUUCACAUGAUCGCAUUGUCCCAACCAUUCUCUGGAAAUAUCCAUGGACUCCGUGGAGCAGAUCUUCAAUGUUAUCGGGAAGCACGUGCCGCUGGAUACAGUACGACAUUCCGUGCAAUGCUUUCGAGUAACGUUCAAGAUUUGGUUAGAAUUGUUCACUCUGUUGACUUCGACACUCCUGUUGUCAAUGUUGCCGGACAUCAUCUUUUCGCUAGUUGGAGAUCAUUUGUUAAUGGAGCACAAAUGAGUCAAUACGCGAAACUCUUCUCAUUCGAUAGACACGAUGUUCUCAAUGAUUCGAGAUGGCCCGACAAGCGCGUCUGGCAUGGAUCGAAAGAUGGAGGAAUCAGAGCUGAUCAGUACUGUGAUGGAUGGAGACGAUCUGAUGCUUCUCUCACCUCUUUGGCCGGUCAUAUCUCUUCAAAUACCAGCAUUUUCCAGUCGAGCGGAACAACCAAAUGCGAGAAUAAAUUGGUCGUUUUGUGUGUUGAGAACAUGUCAAAGUACCACGGCGAUCGAAUCCUCCGUUUGAACCGAAUCACCUCCGACUUCAAAAUCUGA